GUGCCUCGCUUGCCUUCUCCGACCUCACCGAGGAGAUGCUGGACUGCGGGCCAGGCGGCUUCGUGCGAGAGCUGGAGGAGCUACGCUCGGAGAACGACUAUCUCAAGGAUGAGAUUGAGGAGCUUCGGGCAGAGAUGCUGGAGAUGCGGGAUGUCUAUAUGGAGGAGGAUGUGUAUCAGCUGCAGGAGCUGCGGCAGCAGCUGGACCAGGCCAGCAAGACCUGUCGCAUUCUGCAGUACCGACUGCGAAAGGCGGAGCGCCGCAGCCUCCGUGCUGCCCAGACUGGCCAGGUGGACGGUGAGCUCAUCCGCGGCUUGGAGCAAGACGUAAAGGUCUCCAAGGACAUCUCGGUGCGGCUGCAUAAGGAGCUUGAGGUGGUGGAGAAGAAACGGGCUCGGCUGGAGGAGGAGAAUGAAGAGCUUCGGCAGCGGCUCAUCGAGACCGAGCUGGCCAAGCAGGUGCUGCAGACGGAGCUGGAGCGGCCGAGAGAGCAUUCCUUGAAGAAAAGAGGAACCCGCUCCCUGGGGAAGACAGACAAGAAGCCUUCAGUGCAGGAGGACAGUGCGGACCUGAAGUGCCAGCUGCACUUUGCAAAGGAGGAGUCCGCCCUCAUGUGCAAGAAGCUCACCAAGCUGGCCAAGGAGAACGACGGCAUGAAGGAGGAGCUGCUCAAGUACCGCUCGCUCUAUGGAGACCUGGACAGCGCCCUGUCGGCGGAGGAGCUGGCCGACGCACCGCACUCGCGGGAGACCGAGCUCAAGGUGCAUCUGAAGCUGGUGGAGGAGGAAGCCAACCUGCUGAGCCGCCGCAUCGUGGAGCUGGAGGUGGAAAACCGCGGCCUGCGGGCGGAGAUGGACGACAUGAAGGAUCACGGCGGCGGCUGCGGGGGCCCCGAGGCCCGCCUGGCCUUCUCUGCGCUGGGUGGCGGCGGUGAGUGCGGGGAGAGCUUGGCGGAGCUGCGGCGACACCUGCAGUUCGUGGAGGAGGAGGCCGAGCUGCUGCGGCGCUCCUCGGCUGAGUUGGAGGACCAGAACAAGCUGCUGCUGAGCGAGCUGGCCAAGUACCGCUCGGAGCAUGAGCUGGACGUGACGCUGUCGGAGGACAGCUGCUCCGUGCUCAGCGAGCCCUCGCAGGAGGAGCUGGCAGCCGCCAAACUGCAGAUCGGCGAGCUCAGCGGCAAGGUCAAGAAGCUCCAGUACGAGAACCGGGUGCUCCUCUCCAACCUCCAGCGCUGUGACCUCGCCUCCUGCCAGAGCACGCGGCCGAUGCUGGAGACGGACGCCGAGGCCGGGGACUCUGCCCAGUGUGUGCCCGCUGCCCUUGGCGAGGCCCACGGGCCCCACGCUGCCCGGCUCUGUAGAGUCAGGGAGGCCGAGGCGCUGCCUGGGCUGAGGGAGCAGGCCAUCCUGGUCAGCAAGGCCAUCGAUGUCCUGGUGGCUGAUGCCAACGGCUUCUCGGCGGGCCUCCGGCUGUACCUGGACAACGAGUGUGCCGACUUCCGGCUGCAUGAAGCCCCCGACAACAGCGAGGGCCCCAGGGACACCAAACUGAUCCACGCCCUCCUGGUGCGGCUGAGCUUGCUCCAGCAGGAGCUCAACGCCUUCACGCGGAAGGCGGACGCCGUCCUGGGGGGCUCCGCCAAGGAGCAGCCAGAGCCCUUCUCCUCCUUGCCCAGCUUGGGCUCCCAGGGUCCCUCCAAGGAGAUUCUUCUAGCCAAAGACCUUGGCUCAGACUUCCAGGUGCAGCCAUCUGACUUCAGGGACCUUCCAGAAUGGGAGCCCAGGAUACGAGAGGCCUUCCGCACUGGGGACUUGGACUCCAAGCCUGACCCCAGCCGGAGCUUCAGGCCUUACCGAGCUGAAGACAAUGACUCCUAUGCCUCUGAGAUCAAGGAGCUGCAGCUGGUGCUGGCCGAGGCCCACGACAGCCUCCGGGGCCUGCAAGAGCAGCUCUCCCAGGAGCGGCAGCUACGGAAGGAGGAGGCCGACAACUUCAACCAGAAAAUGGUCCAGCUGAAAGAGGACCAGCAGAGGGCGCUCCUGAGGCGUGAGUUUGAGCUGCAGAGCCUGAGCCUCCAGCGGAGGCUGGAGCAGAAAUUCUGGAGCCAGGAGAAGAAUAUGUUGGUGCAGGAGUCCCAGCAGUUCAAGCACAACUUCCUCCUGCUCUUCAUGAAGCUCAGGUGGUUCCUCAAGCGCUGGCGGCAGGGCAAGGUUUUGCCCAGCGAGGGGGAUGACUUCCUUGAGGUAAAUAGUAUGAAGGAGCUGUACCUGCUAAUGGAGGAAGAGGAAUUAAAUGCCCAGCAUUCUGAUAACAAGACCUGCGCGGGGGACAGCUGGACCCAAAACACGCCCAAUGAAUACAUCAAGACCCUGGCCGACAUGAAGGUGACGCUGAAGGAGCUAUGCUGGCUGCUCCGGGAUGAGCGCCGUGGUCUGACUGAGCUUCAGCAACAGUUUGCCAAGGCCAAGGCCACCUGGGAGACAGAGCGGGCAGAGCUCAAGAGCCAUACUGCCCCGAUGGAGCUGAAGGCUGGGAAGGGGGUUGGGGAGAGAGCAGGGCCCGACUGGAAGGCAGCCCUGCAGAGGGAGCGGGAGGAGCAGCAGCACCUCCUGGCCGAGUCCUACAGCGCAGUCAUGGAGCUGACGCGACAGCUGCAGAUCAGUGAGCACAACUGGGGCCAGGAGAAGCUGCAGCUGGUGGAGCGGCUUCAGGGUGAGAAGCAGCAGGUGGAGCAGCAGGUAAAGGAGCUGCAGAACCGCCUGAGCCAGCUGCAGAAGGCUGCUGACCCCUGGGUCCUGAAGCACUCAGACCUGGAGAAGCAAGACAACAGCUGGAAAGAGACACGCAGUGAGAAGAUCCAUGACAAGGAAGCUGUUUCUGAAGCUGAGCUUGGGGGAACCGGCCUAAAGAGGACCAAAUCUGUCUCUUCCAUGUCGGAGUUUGAAAGUUUGCUGGACUGUUCCCCCUACCUCACCAGUGAAGCUGCCCGGGGCAAGAAGCUGCCCAACAAUCCUGCCUUUGCCUUUGUGGGUGCUCAGCCAGUGGACCCGGAGAAGGCUGCCCCGGAACAGCCAGGGCUGUCGCCACGGGACUGCAACCGUCUGGGUGCCCUGGGCUGCCAGGAGCCGGCGGGGAGGCAGAUGCAGCGCAGCUACACGGCUCCCGACAAGACAGGCAUCCGCGUCUACUACAGCCCCCCGGUGGCCCGGCGCCUGGGCGUCCCUGUGGUCCAUGACAGGGAGGGCAAGAUCAUCAUCGAGCCUGGCUUCCUCUUCACCACGGCCAAGCCCAAAGAGUCGGCCGAGGCAGACCGACUGGCCGAGAGCUCUUACAGCCGCUGGCUCUGCAACUUCUCCCGGCAGCGCCUGGACGGGGGUUCGGGUGGCGGCCCCUCGCCGGCCGGGCCUGGCUUCCCAGCGGCUCUGCACGACUUCGAGAUGUCUGGCAACAUGAGCGACGACAUGAAAGAGAUCACCAACUGCGUGCGCCAGGCCAUGCGCUCGGGCUCACUGGAGAGGAAGGUGAAGAGCACGUCCAGCCAGACGGUGGGCCUGGCCAGCGUGGGCACACAGACCAUCCGCACGGUCAGUGUGGGCCUGCAGACCGACCCGCCCCGCAGCAGCCUCCACAGCAAGAGCUGGUCACCCCGCAGUUCCUCGCUCGUGUCCGUGCGCAGCAAGCAGAUCUCAUCCUCCCUGGACAAGGUGCACUCGCGCAUCGAGCGGCCGUGCUGCUCGCCCAAGUACGGCUCGCCCAAGCUCCAGCGGCGGUCCGUGUCCAAGCUAGACGGGGCCAAGGACCGCAGCCUGUGGAACCUGCACCAGGGCAAGCAGAACGGCUCCGCCUGGGCGCGCUCCACCACCACGCGGGACAGCCCCGUGCUGAGGAACAUCGGCACCAAGAAACUGGAGCCCCUCUCCCCCGCCAGCUACCAUCAGCCGGAGGGCAUGGCCAGGAUCCUGAACAAGAAGGCGGCCAAGUCAGGCAGCAGCGAGGAGGCCAGGCUCUCUGUGCUCCCCCAAGUGGGGAAGGAUAGUGUCCCCCGGGAUGGAGAUGGAGCCACGGUCCUUCCCAAUGAGGAUGCUGUUUGUGACUGUAACACCCAGUCUCUCACCUCCUGCUUCGCCCGGCCAUCCCGCUCUGCCAUCCGCCACUCUCCUUCCAAAUGCAGGCUGCACCCUUCAGAGUCCAGCUGGGGUGGGGAGGAGAGGGCAGCCCCCCACAGCGAGUGACGGAGCAGCCGGGCUCCCCACCUCAACCAGCCCAAUCCCUGGAUAGCUCAUGGGAACCAGCGAAGAGGAGACGAGGCAAGGGGCCCCGACCCCUGCAUCCCUCGUCCUGGAGAGACAGCAGCUGCACCACUGCCAGAGAAGAGCUUUGCCCUCCAGGUAAAGCGGGGCCUCCUGCUGACUGCUGGGUGGUGAUCUCUGACUUCCCAGGGGAAGGCAGUGAGAGGGAGAAAGACCAAAACUGGGCUUCAGAAGCGUCUCUAGAGAGAUCCCUUGGGAGCUGAUCCACUGAGAGCUUAUCCCUGGGUUGUAAGGGAGAGCCUUGCCUGGUUCUACCCACACCCACUUCUCAGAAGAGCCAAGGAAAGCAUACAGUUCCGGCCAUGCCCCUCAGGGAAAAGGGCUCACAGAGAUGUUCCCUGCCAACCACAUCCCUCUUCAUGGGGAGGAAACACUGAUGAGAAGAACAGGCUUUGCUCUUGGGCUCAACUUGGGGGUCCUGGUGGAGCUGAGCUGGGCAUCACCCCAUCCCUUCCUUCCCUCCACCACCUCCUCCUCCCAGCCCUGCUGCUCUGGACUGCUGUGGCUCAAGGGGAUAUGAUAGGGCAGUAGCCAGGGGUCAAGUAUCUGCUUGGAGUCCUGGAGCCCUGGAUCUCCCUGCCCAAAGCCUGGAUGCAGCAGCAAGGACUGGAAGACAAGGUAGAAACGUGUGGGGCUCAGGGUCGGGGAGCCACUGGAACUGCGUUUCUUGCCAAGGUGACUUGGGGGUCCCCAACCUUCCCAGGAGACUCCUUGAGGACAGAAAUGGGUAGAGCAGUCUCAAGACCUGGUGCACAUAUACAUGCCUGAUUGCCCACUGCCUUGAUUGCUGGGGCCUCUCUCCCUGGCACCCUGGGGAGGCUGUUGCAUCUCCACUGUGUUUACAUCCUAUGGCCGGUGGAGGGUGAGGAUAUUCCCAGCAAGAGACUCCCAGUUGGCCGGGUCAGGCCAAGGAGCAAUCCAAGAGGCUGGUGCCCCAGGACAUGGCAAUAGACUGGGGCCUGGAAACACAUUUCUUGCCUAGGUUGUUUAUUUGAAUUUUUCUUACUAUAAAUAUUUAAGGUGGUUUUACUUUAUUUUAAUAAUUUAAUUUACCCUAAAGUCCUUAAGGUAAUUUAUUGCAAGUUGAGACGUACUCUUGCCACUGGGACAACGUGAGGCUUCGAACGCAAUGGACGGGUGUGGGGUCCCCCAUGUGGAUAAGGAACUCGCAGCUGAGCUCUGGUCUCCUGGUCAGGCUUGGCGGGUCCCCCAGCAGAGCCGGAGCCCUGCAGUUUGCUCCCCCAAUGCCGCUGACCGUUUGACCCCGGAUUACUACUUUACACUCAGCACCCGGUACUUACCUGGCCCCCAGCCGUCAGUCUGUGAAUGUUCACUGACAGGGUGGGGGACUGGACCAGUGUCACCACUUCCCAAACAUUUUCUCUUUUCCUUCUCAUUUUCUUCUCUCCCUCUAACACCUUUUUUUCAAUGAGUCAAACAUGGAUUCCUAAGGCUUUAUCAAGAGCAGGGAGAGCUCUCCAAGUUCCCUAAGUGAGAACUCGCAGGAAAACAGGACUGAAUUCUGAGAAUGUUGUUUAUUGCAGCUUUGCACAUGGAUGUGAGAGUGUCUGCCAGCCUGCUUCAGUUCUCACCAGCCUGCCAGCCUUUUCACCAGCCUCUCUCUUUAGCCUUAUGGCCUCUCCUGGCUCGACUCCCAGCCCUAACUGUACUGCCCGCCCUUCCCCACAUCCCAUGAGAGCUGCAUGAGCCAUCGGAUGGAUUGCAGCAUGGCUCAUUGCAGUGUGGUGGUGGUUUUGGGGGGGUACUCAGACGGCCUCCCCCUUGGUGCCAAUGAACCCAUUUUGGAUGUACACGUGCCCCCACAUCUGUGUGUGAUUGGCUGGAGGCCCAGAUGGAUAAAGCAACUUAUCUGUGAAUUCCCUAUGAGGAAAACCAUAAGCCAGCAGCUUUGGUAGUUUGCCCCCAGUACCCAGGAGAUGCCUCUGCACUCCUACCCACCAGCUCCCAGUCUUACCCUUUCUCGGGCACCUGGACCAGUUAUCCAAAUCCCUUCAUCUCCAUUCCCCAUCAGCAGAACUUUGGGGUCAUAUUAGUGCAACCAGACACUUCCUCACACCAUAGUGACCUGUGUGGGCAGAACAGGCAGGCCGAUGGAGCCGUGGGCCAGUCCCCUCGGGAUGCCACUGCUCCCACCCAAGAGAUCAGGGGGCCCCUCCAAGGUUGUCUCCAAGUGAGGGGAUUCACACCAGGCCACGAGCCACCAGAGGCCUUCUCCCACCUUCCCAAGCUGCGAGGGCCAGGGAGGCUGUGCUUCUAGCCUUGGGGAGAAAUCCUCGUGAGACCUGAGCCCUGCGGACCAUUCAGCCUUACCGUCAUCCUCGUCCAAGAUUGUCCUUGCCAUCCUCGGUGUCUUGGUACCUGGCCGCCCGGCCCCCAGCCAGUGUCAGAGGCCCCAGGUCAUGGUUUUCAGUCAAGUCCCAGUUUCUAUUUUCUGCAUGCCACUGUGCGAGGUCACUCAUCACUGUUCCGACAGAAGCCUCUGAACGUGGGGCUUGAUGGGGUUCAACAUGUUACCUGUAAAUACUGGUUUGGUUUGAUUUUUAGCAUUUUAAUUAGUAACAGUGUUUUCUUUUUUAGGGUGGGGGGUUGGUUUGUAAAAACUCUCUACUCAUUUGGAAUGUAAUUUCUAAGUUUGUUUCUUUAAAUGCCUUUUAAGUCUUGGUAACAUUCCCAAAGCAGAAAACUGCCUGGCCCGCAGCGGGGACUCCCCUGGAGCAUCGGGUCCCAGGAAGGAACACUACCCUUUUCCCCUUUCUUCCCCUUCCUACCACCCCUUGCUUUUUUACUCCUAGCAACUUCCUCGUCCUUCCCUUCCUCCUUCUCUACCAAUCUUUUUCCUUUCCCCCAUCCCCAUUUUCUUCAACCAAAGUCCCAAGGUACCCUGAAGUCCUAUUCCCUACAGACCGCCAGGCUUAGAUCCAUUGUGUUGGCACGAAUUGGUUGUGGGGAAAUGGGAGAACAGUUGGCAUGGUGACCCCAAAAUGGACCAUCUUGUGUUUCUUAUGUCUGACUUCUUCCCAGAGCCAAAUUAGACCCUCCUGGGGGCAAUGAUGUCUGUAUUCUAAAUGAAAAUCAAACUACUUUGUCACAUUAGUGUCUCCUAGAUCCUGCAUGCAUAUGACAUCAGUACCCAAGUUCCUGUCACCCUGGCAGCCCUUUGCCCCCAGUUCUUUCCCCGCCAAAGGCUGACCAAUUGAAAAAUACCCUCCAAGAGGCCUUGCUCAAAAUGGGCCCUUCCCCUUGGGCUCCCCCAGAACACUUCUCUACCGGCUGCUCUCCCAGGCGACAAAGUCAAGGGCCCAAGGACUUGAGCCUCUUCUACCCUGAUUGCAACAUGGCUCUAUCGUGCCUGACCCCAUGCACCUUUCAUGGUUUCAUCAUCCAGCCUGUUCUCUUGCUCACCCAACUUCCAGGCCCUUCCCAGUUACGAAGUGGGAGAAUGUCCUUCUACCUUCUGCCUGAUCACACUCCUUAUCCCCAAGCCAACCCCCUAGUGCCCUGGCCCUGGAGGUGACACACCCUUCACUAGUGUUAGUGAAUAGAAAGAGAGCCACAAGAUAAACUGGACCAACCCCCUCACUUUUCUUUAAACUGUGACAAAACAUAUAUAAUGUAAAACUUACUAUUUUAGCCAUUUUAAGUGGCUUUGAAUACAUUAAUAAUGUUGUACAACCAUCACCACUAUCCAUUUCCAGAACUUUUUCAUCUCCCCAAACUGAAACUCUACCCACUAAACAGUAACUCCCCACCCCUCCCCUCCUAGGCUCUGAUGACCUCUAUUCUACUUCCUGUCUUUAUGACUUUGCCUAUUCUAGGUUCCUCAUAUAAGUGAAAUCAUACAGUAUUUGUCCUUUUGGAUCCAACCCCCCUCACAUUUUUGGAUGAGGAAUCAGGCCCAGAGAAGGAAGUGGGUCAUCUAAAGUCACACAGCAAACUAGAGACAGAGUUAGGACUCAGGUGUCCUGACUCCCAGCAGGCUCUGCAUUCCCAGUGGUGAGUGAGACAUCACCUACCAUUCUGUGGUCUUGGCUGAACCCCUUGCUCUCUCUGGGCUCAGUCUGUUCGCUCCCCACCACCUACCCAUCCUCUCUUUUAUCAUCUUCCUCCAAAGCUUCCCCUCCUCCUGCCUCCUCUUCUCCAGCUGGUUCCCACCAGCAGAUGAAGUGGCCCUGGCCCAUGGCCAAGGUUUUUCCUCUUUUGAGCCUGGGGCUUACUUGUAGCACCCAUCCCUCAGCCCUCCCAGAAUGGCCUCCCCAGCUCUGCUCCCCUCCCUGUAACCUCAGCAACCCCCUCCCAUCCCCUCAGGCUCACAUUCCCAUAAUUCUGUGUCUGUGGUCUUCCAGCUCCUGAUGUUUGGUUUCAAAUCUCAUUGUGUCUUCUGAGUUUUAUUUUGUGUUUUUUCACACCAAAGGAGGCACCUUUCCCCAGUGCCUCAGGCUGUGACACCCCCACCAGCCCAGAAAGAUGUCUGCUUCAUCCCACCCCUAAGCCACAUUGUCUUUGUCCACAGCUUCCUGGCAGGACCUUAGUACUUUCCACUGGGAAUGAGGGGGGUACUUGGAUCCCCACUUUGACCUCCGCUACCCUGCCCAGUCCUGCAUGGCCUUUUUUGGAAAGCAGAUGCAGCCUGGCUAGGUUCUUCUCUCCUUCUCCCUGGGACCUUUCAACCAUCUGUCCUUUUGACGUCACCAUCUUUUGCAUUCUCCCCUGAAAAAGCUUGUCCUAGCAGAACCAGUAGCUCACCCUGGCACUACCCCUUACCCCUCCCAACAGUGUUUGCAGUUUGCAAAGUCCACAGACCCAAGAACCAAAGGGGACUGGGGACAUGAUGCUGGGCCUGAGUCCCCUGCCCAGGGCUCCUCCCAACCCCUCCCUGACCCUCCUUAGACCCUCCCUUGUCUAUCCCACCAGCCCUACUUCCUUCCCUUCUGCCUUUCACCAGCCCUCUGGACCCUAGGCUCUAAGGAAAGGAGCUUUGAUUUCCUCUAAGCAUCCUUGAAGGGCCAAAGUUGUCAGGGCCUGGCCACCUUGUCACUCUUCAUUCUGAUACCACUCAAACUGCUCCCAUGAGAAGGAACCUCAGCCAGGAGUCUGGAGACCUGGCCCAGGUCUGGGCAGAUGUCAACUUCUCUGCGUUUGGCUGGUGGUAUGAUUUUACGAUGACCAGAAGGAUGAUCCUUAGGGCUUCAGAGCACCUCUCGUGUUUUCGGGUCCUAUGUCAUCACCCUCUUUCCACUGGGCCCUGCUGUACUGGCUCCUCUCUCAGCUCUGUCACUGAUCUCUGUGCCUUAGUUUACUUCUCCACACAGGGGGGCUCACCACAGGUCUGUUCCUAGCUUUUUCCCAGACAUUUUGGUACCUCUAAUGCAGGGCCUCGCCAGCUGUCCCCAGCUCCCUGACACUGCCUUGGGGCACAGGUUGCUGAGGAUGAGAUGCCUGGACAUUCUCAAAGAAGCAGGAGCAUAACCUGGGAACCUGAUAGAAAUGAAAAGUGUUGGCCCCACCCAAGACCUACAGAAGUAGACCUCUUUUUUGGUGGGGUGCUCAGCAAGCUGGGGUGUAGUAAGCCCUCCAGAUGAUUCUGACAUACAUAGGAGUUUGCCAACUGUUGGUCUAGGCUAACAAUUAGUGCGGCCUGGUGAGGGACUGAGGCUGGCCCUGACCAGGAAGGGGUGGAAACACCAGCCUCAUCUGGACUCCUGAUAGAUUGGAAAACUCCCUCCACACCCUCCUCCUCCUCCCCAAGAGUAAAACAAAACUAUAUUCUCCUCUUCCUGGAAACUGCAGGUCUGGGAGAAGGCAUACAUUUUUCAUUUCCCUGCCCCUGCCUUGGUUCCACUUCUACCCACCUCUCCCACUUGUCUGGGUUUUACAAAAGGUUGUGUAGGGUUGUGCCAGUCAGGCAGGGGGUGGAAGUCCUGGAGGGUGUGGGAGACAAAAGACCCUGAUGGUUUAUCCCUUGGGAAUCUCACCAUAGGCUUAUGGCCUCUCUUCAAAUAGAAAGAAACUUAACUCCUCAAAGAAAGAACCCUAAAUCCCCAGCCAGCUCCUCCUCCUUCUCCCACCUCCAGGGAGACCUUGUAGACAGUGCCAAAAACAGCUCCAACCCCCAGCAGCUGGGGAAGAGAGCCAGAAGCUGUCCCUCCUCAUCCUGGCCCCCCUCCCAACCCCCACCAAUACUGUGAAGCCCCCUUCCUGCCCAGCCUGGCUUCCUGGUGUGGCCUCUACAGUCGUGGGCCCUAGGGAAGGAAGGGAAAGGCCUUUGGGAAGGAAGGGACCAAGGGCAUCCUUGGGCCAAACUGUCCACCUCUCCUGUCCACUGUUCUCUCCUCCCCACUCCUGUCUUCAAAAGGCUCCUUCCCAGGAUGGAUUGGGUGCUAGGACAACCAUGGUCCAAUCCGCCAGCUCUCCUUGCCCCCGUGUCUUAUUUCAGACAUGAGAAUACUGUACAGUGUAAACUUACAAAGGGUUUUUAAUGGUUGUAGAUUGAAAAUAAAGUAUGUCAUAUGAACAGUU